UGUCCCCGUUUUGAAUGUACUGUCGGCUGUGAGUAUCACCCGAUUGGAACGCGGUAAACCGACCUGGAAGCGGAUCGCUACUUGGGUUUUGAGAGUAUACCCCAUUCUCCAAUUGUGUAUCACGGCUGUUAUGCUCUACGUAUCGAUAUGGAACUAUCCGGGCGGAGAAGCACUCGAUCGCGUUCAUGGGUACGUGUAUCCGGGUGCUGUGGUGCAUUAUGAUACAUUUACGGCCAUGACGGGUGCGUCCUUGUUUGGACAUCAGAGAGCGGAUGUCGUGUAUGAUAAAACGGAGGGGUUGACCGAGUUUGAGGGGUUUGAUUUUGUGGUGACAGAGAAUGAGAGGGUUAGUGGGGAAUGGAAGGUUAUGGAGAUUGUACGUGGAUUCGAUGGAGUGCAAGUGGUUGGUGUCAGAUCGUAUUUGAAUCAAGUCUUGAGGUGGAUAAAAAGUGCACUUGUGGGUCAUAUCACGUCGGUUCCUGUACCUGUUCACAUCAAGAUUGGACCCAAGAUUUGGAUAUUGGAGAAUCAAAAGCGGAUUCGAGGGAACGCAUGACGCAUCGUGGAUAGAGGUCCCAAUAGCAACGUUUCAUUACAGAUCGGCGAAAAGUCACUCACUUUGACGCUUGUUGUCAACUGUGUUUUGGCAGCUGACGAGGUUGGGAAUGGAAUAGAGACAUAAUAAAUAGAUAUAUACACUUUGAUUGUGAAUUAUAACAUGAGAGAUAAUAUAAGCAUCUGAACUAGUACGAGUGUACAUGAAUAGAUAAAAUGCAAGGAA